CUUAGCAGCCUCAAGUCCCGGUCGUCCACAGAGGCCUCAGCAGCAGGAUGGAACUGGAGUGAGGCGGAGGGGCUGAGCACUGCUGAUCAGACGUGGGACGCUGGUGGUUCGCGGGUCACUGAGGCUGGACAACGUUCAUGGCUCUCGGGUAGAACCCAGUGAAACGGCCAGAAUGAAUUCUAUGGACAGGCACAUCCAACAGACCAAUGACCGACUACAGUGCAUCAAGCAGCACUUACAGAACCCUGCCAACUUCCACAAUGCCGCCACGGAGCUGCUGGACUGGUGUGGAGACCCUCGAGCCUUCCAGCGGCCCUUCGAGCAGAGCCUGAUGGGCUGUUUGACGGUGGUCAGUCGGGUGGCAGCUCAGCAAGGGUUUGACCUGGACCUCGGUUACAGACUGCUGGCGGUGUGUGCUGCAAACCGAGACAAGUUCACUCCCAAGUCUGCGGCCCUGCUGUCCUCCUGGUGUGAGGAGCUCGGCCGUCUCCUGCUCCUUCGGCAUCAGAAGAGCCGCCAGAGCGACCCCCCCGGGAAACUCCCCAUGCAGCCCCCCCUCAACUCCAUGAGCUCCAUGAAACCCACUCUGUCGCACAGUGAUGGGUCAUUCCCCUAUGACUCUGUCCCUUGGCAGCAGAACACCAACCAGCCUCCCGGCUCCCUCUCCGUGGUCACCACGGUUUGGGGAGUGACCAACACAUCCCAGAGCCAGGUCCUCGGGAACCCUAUGGCCAAUGCCAACAACCCCAUGAAUCCAGGCGGCAACCCCAUGGCGUCGGGCAUGACCACCAGCAACCCCGGCCUCAACUCCCCCCAGUUUGCCGGACAGCAGCAGCAGUUCUCGGCCAAGGCCGGGCCCGCUCAGCCCUACAUCCAGCAGAGCAUGUAUGGCCGGCCCAACUACCCCGGCAGCGGGGGCUUCGGGGCCAGUUACCCCGGGGGUCCUAAUGCCCCCGCAGGCAUGGGCAUCCCUCCACACACCAGGCCACCCGCUGACUUCACUCAGCCAGCGGCAGCUGCCGCAGCGGCUGCAGUGGCAGCGGCAGCGGCCACGGCCACGGCCACAGCCACGGCCACUGUGGCAGCCUUGCAGGAGACACAGAACAAGGAUAUAAACCAGUACGGACCGAUGGGUCCCACCCAGGCGUAUAACAGCCAAUUCAUGAACCAGCCCGGGCCACGGGGGCCUGCCUCCAUGGGGGGCAGCAUGAACCCCGCAAGCAUGGCGGCUGGCAUGACACCCUCGGGGAUGAGCGGCCCUCCCAUGGGCAUGAACCAGCCCCGGCCGCCCGGCAUCAGCCCCUUUGGCACGCACGGGCAGCGGAUGCCCCAGCAGACCUACCCGGGCCCCCGGCCCCAGUCCCUUCCCAUUCAGAGCAUAAAGAGGCCAUACCCGGGAGAGCCCAACUAUGGAAACCAGCAAUACGGACCAAACAGCCAGUUCCCCACCCAGCCAGGCCAGUACCCUACCCCCAACCCCCCGCGGCCGCUCACCUCUCCCAACUACCCUGGGCAGAGGAUGCCCAGCCAGCCGAGCACCGGGCAGUACCCACCCCCCACGGUCAACAUGGGGCAGUAUUACAAGCCAGAGCAGUUUAAUGGACAAAAUAGCACCUUCUCGGGAAGCAGCUACAAUAACUACAGCCAAGGAAACAUCACCAGGCCUCCUAGGCCAGUUCCUGUGGCAAAUUACCCCCACUCACCUGUUCCAGGGAACCCCACGCCCCCCAUGACCCCCGGGAGCAGUAUCCCCCCCUACCUGUCCCCCAGCCAAGACGUUAAACCACCCUUCCCACCUGACAUCAAGCCAAAUAUGAGCGCUCUGCCGCCACCCCCAGCCAACCACAACGAUGAGCUGCGGCUCACCUUCCCGGUGCGGGAUGGCGUGGUGCUGGAACCCUUCCGCCUCGAGCACAACCUGGCCGUCAGCAACCACGUCUUUCACCUGCGGCCCACGGUCCACCAGACACUGAUGUGGAGGUCGGACCUAGAGCUGCAGUUCAAGUGCUACCACCACGAGGACCGGCAGAUGAACACCAACUGGCCAGCCUCGGUGCAGGUCAGCGUCAACGCCACGCCCCUGACCAUCGAGCGCGGCGACAACAAGACCUCCCACAAGCCCCUGCACCUCAAGCACGUAUGCCAGCCGGGCCGCAACACCAUCCAGAUCACCGUCACGGCCUGCUGCUGCUCCCACCUCUUCGUGCUACAGCUGGUCCACCGGCCCUCCGUGCGCUCCGUGCUGCAAGGCCUCCUCAAGAAGCGCCUCCUGCCCGCCGAGCACUGUAUCACAAAAAUCAAGCGGAAUUUCAGCAGCGUGGCUGCCUCGUCGGGCAACACGACCCUCAACGGGGAGGAUGGCGUGGAGCAGACGGCCAUCAAGGUCUCUCUGAAGUGCCCCAUCACAUUCCGGCGCAUCCAGCUGCCUGCUCGAGGGCAUGACUGCAAGCACGUCCAGUGCUUUGACCUGGAGUCGUACCUGCAGCUGAACUGCGAGAGAGGGACCUGGAGGUGUCCUGUGUGCAAUAAAACCGCUCUGCUGGAGGGCCUGGAGGUGGAUCAGUACAUGUGGGGCAUCCUGAACGCCAUCCAACACUCCGAGUUUGAAGAGGUCACCAUCGACCCCACAUGCAGCUGGCGGCCAGUCCCCAUCAAGUCAGACCUACACAUUAAAGAUGACCCAGAUGGCAUCCCCUCCAAGCGGUUCAAGACCAUGAGUCCCAGCCAGAUGAUCAUGCCCAACGUCAUGGAAAUGAUCGCAGCCCUGGGCCCCGGCCCGUCCCCCUAUCCACUCCCACCUCCACCGGGGGGCACCAGCUCCAGCGACUACAGCAACCAAGGCAACAACUACCAGGGCCAUGGCAACUUUGACUUCCCCCAUGGAAACCCUGGCGGCACGUCCAUGAACGACUUCAUGCACGGGCCCCCCCAGCUCUCCCACCCCCCGGACAUGCCCAACAACAUGGCCGCCCUCGAGAAACCCCUCAGCCACCCCAUGCAGGAAACUAUGCCACACGCUGGCAGUUCUGACCAGCCCCAUCCCUCCAUACAACAAGGUUUGCACGUCCCACACCCCAGCAGCCAGUCAGGGCCUCCAUUACAUCACAGUGGGGCUCCUCCUCCUCCUUCCCAGCCUCCCCGGCAACCGCCACAGGCCGCUCCCAGCAACCAUCCACACAGCGACCUGACCUUUAACCCCUCCUCAGCCUUAGAGGGUCAGGCCGGAGCGCAGGGAGCGUCCGACAUGCCGGAGCCUUCGCUGGAUCUCCUUCCAGAACUCACAAAUCCCGAUGAGCUCCUCUCGUACCUGGAUCCCCCUGACCUGCCGAGCAAUAGUAACGAUGACCUCCUGUCUCUCUUUGAGAACAACUGAAGCCCGCUCCUCCAUUGGGGCCAUCCCUCCCCCUCUGCCUCCUUCCCCGUCUGUCCCCCACACACUUUACCACUGGGAGCCCAUGCCCUCAGACCGCCCCUGCUGCGGCCUUCUCAGAGCAGAGGGGCGGGAGGGUGCACUGUGAAGGCUGUGUGGGUCUGGUGCCCAUGCCCAGAGCAGGCCCUGAAGAUGACCCUCGCAGUGGGGAACCGGCCCAGCGAGAGGGCACACGCUGAUGAAGGCUUCCUGUCCCUCCGUGUGUGCUGAUUCCAAACGACCCUCCAGUGCCCCCGAGGUUCUUCCGGUUUCUAAACUGUAAUCCUGCCUCCCUGCUUCCUGGCCCAGAGCCUCCUUCAAGUGACUGUGAGCCUGAGAGAGGGGCACCCCGAGACCCAGGCAGCCCCCCCCCAAGCCUUGGAGGAACAGUGACGGUUGGCGGCAGUGAGAACGACCCACCCUCCACCACCACCACCACCACCACCCACCACAGAAAAGCACAAACCUCUGGGAAAGAGAACUCUCUCAGGGGCCAAGGUCGUCACUUUGACCCCUGAUCUCUAAGCCAAGAUACCCUGUAAAAACACUCCUCUCUCAGAAAGCAGAGAAAAAGGACAAGAUUCUGUGUUUGAGAGAGGGUGUGCCAUUCCUGCUUGGGGACUGGUGGGAAAGGGGGUCAGGGCCUCCUCAGAGCCAAGACAACGCAGGUGGCCCCACGACCUCUGGACUCAGGCCGGGGGGUGGGAGUGGGGGGGCAGAGAGAGAGUGCCCAGCCGAAAAUAUUGUGCCCUUAGUUGGGGGGCAGGGGGAUGCCGCCAGCCGGAGUUGGUUAGGAACGGCAACUUACAACUUUGCUCCAAGCCGCUCCCUGUUUUUAAAUGACAAUUUAAUUAAGCUACGAAGUCAUCUGAGAAAAGGGACGGUGGACUCGGACGGCAAGCAAACCAUUUCUCUCCAUGCGUCCUGUUCCCUUCCUCCCGCCCCAGCCCACCUCUCCUAGACUGUUAUGUGGGACACCCGUUUCCCUCUGUCCCCGUUCUCUGUCCACCCUGCCAGCCGGGGGCGCCAGUGGAGAGGCGGGAGGCCCGGGGCACCUGCGCAUGCUCGGCAGCAGGAGCCCCGGGCAUCGGCACCUGGGCGGCCCGGCUGCCCCAUCUGCCCCUGUGCUCCAGGCUGCCCCAGCUGCACCCCGGUCCGUCACCACACGUGCCGGAAUGCGCCCGCAAGCAUCCCGUGGUGUUUCCGUGCCGCGCUUGGCUGCCGGCUUCUCCCUUCCUCCGUGUCCCUCUGCCCUGCAGAGCUGCCCACACUCCUGCUCGCUCGAGCAGAAGCAGCCUCUGGUUUUCCCUCC